CCCCGUGUCCGCAGGACCCCCUGACCACGCUGCGGGAGCACUGCGAGCAGACGGAGAAAUGCGCCAAGGCCCGGGAGCGGCUGGAGCUGUGUGACGCGCGGGUGUCCUCCCGCUCCGAUACAGAGGAGCAGUGCACAGAGGAGCUCUUCGACUUCCUGCACGCCAGGGACCACUGUGUUGCUCACAAGCUUUUCAGUAAGCUGAAGUGAAGGGGGGCAUGGUUAUCCAUCUGCUUCCACAGCCAGUGCCAGCGGUUCCUGGAUCACAGUUCUGCUUCCUGCAGUCCAUCCUCCAUGCUGAGCAUGAAUGAAGCGGCUUCCUGGCAGCCUGUCACUGCCUCUGUGCUCCUGGAAGAUGUGCAGCUGUGCAAAAAAAAUAACAAAACGUGUUGAUGUUCUGUAAUUUUCCAUAUUAAACAUUGAGAGUUCCUGUGGAA